AUGUAACGAUAGCCAACAAAAAAGAGUUUUUCAUCUAAUAAACGUAGUGAUUCUGGAAAUGAAAGAAAAAGGAGUGUUCAUAAUGACUCAUCUUUUAAUCAUAAGGGUGAUGAAGAAUUACGUGAUGUAGUCAAUAAAUUAUAAUUCAAAAUUUUGAAAAAAAAUGAUCAUUUAACUAAAAUGAAAGAAGAAAUCAUUGAAUUAUAAGUAUAAUGGCAAGAAGAAAAAAGAAAUUGGUAAAAUGAAAAAUGUGCACUUGAAAGAUAAGCAGACUUUUAUAAAGAGAAUGUGUAUGAAUUUAUUAUAAUCAUUAGACAUGCAGAAAGACUUAAUAAUCAAAAAUUAUAGAUUUAAAUUGAUAAAUUAACAUAAAUGUUAACUGAUUAAUCUAAAAUAAAAUAACAUUUUGAUACAAACACUACUUUAGAAAAAGUAAGUGGAUAAUUAAAUUAAGAAAUUGAUAUAUUAUAAAAAGAAAUAGGAACACUUAGAACAUAAAUAACAUUAUUAGAAAAUAAAUUAUUAACUAAAGAAGAAACUAUUUCAGAAUAAUAAAUUAGAAUCUAAAAAUUAAAAAAGAAAAUGGAUUAAUAAUUAUAAGUUCAGUUAGAAGAAAAAAUGAUUGAUGUUGAUAAAUAAAAAAAAAGAAGUGGAGAAAUUAAAGAAAGAGUUUCAGAAUUAGAAUUAAAACUAAAGAAUUUAAGUUUAGAAAGUGAAAGAAUUAAAAAAGAUAAUAAGUUUCUUUAAUAAGAAAAUGAUUAAUUAAGAAUUUAAUAUGAAAAAUCGAGUAGAUUAAUUCCAUAAUUAGAAGAAUAAAAGUAAUUUUAUUAAUUUAAUCUUUUUUUAGCAAAAGAUUAGAAAUAGAAAUAAAUGAUUAUGAAUAAUAAUUUGAAAAAAUGAGUAAAUAGAUACGAGAUCUUAAUAAUUAAUAUGCAAAUGAAAAAUAAUAUGGUCAAUCUCAUAAUGAAGAACUUAAAAAAAAGAAUGCUUAAAUUGAUAAUAUAGAAUAACAAUUUAAUGAAUAAAUUAGAUUAUUACAUGCUGAAUAAAGAUAAAAUACAUUUUUAAAAGAAGAAAUGGAAAAAUAUAAAGAAUAAUUAGAAAGAUUACAAAAAUAAUCAUAAUAAUUAACUGAUGCAUAACAUAAAGAUAUGGAUAUCUUAGAAGCUAAAAUUGAAAAAAUUAGUAAAGAAAUGAUCAAAUUAAGAGAAGAAAAUAGUAUUUUAAAAUCACAAUUAUCAAAUCAAAAAAAAGAAAAUUCUUAAUAUAUUGAUACUAUUGAUCAAUUAUAAAAAUAAAUUAGAGAUUUAAAAGCUAAAAAUAAAAUAUUAGUUUAACAACAUGAUGAUUUAGAUGCAAGAAUUAAUUAAUUAGCUUAAAUGAAACAAUAAAAAACCACUAAAGUUAGAAUAUAAGAUUCUGAUUUUAGAAAGAAAAUGGCAAAGCUUGAACAUUCUGAUAGUAGCAGUUCCUUUUCUGAUUGA